AUCUAUUUAUGGGUUCUUGGACUAGUCCACCUUUUGUCACUUCUAUAUAAAGCUACCCAAAGUAACAGUUCUCAAUUCAUUGUUACAUUGGGAUCACAUACUUUCUUUACUUUUGCUGAUUUUCUUUCUAAGUCUAUAAAGGAUCCUUAAUGGCAACUAGUGGUGGAUUUGUUGUGGGUUUAGUAUUUGUGCUUUGUUGUUUGGUAGAAAUUUGCUAUGGUAUCAUCACCUUCUCCUCUCUUCAAAAGACUCUUGUGAUCACUGCUUCACCUACUCCAGGACAAGUUUUAAAAUCUGGGGAGGACCAAAUCACAGUGACAUGGUCAUAUAACCAGAGCUUCCCAGCUGGGACAGAUUCAACCUACAAGACUGUGAAGGUGAAGCUCUGCUAUGCACCCAUUAGCCAAGUGGACCGAGCCUGGAGGAAAACAGUGGACAACCUAGCCAAGGACAAGACCUGCCAAUUCAAGAUCAUUGACAAACCAUAUGACCCUUCAAACAAUUCCUUCACUUGGACUGUCGAGAAGAAUGUGCCCACUGCAACCUAUUUCAUAAGGGCCUAUGCCCUCAACUCCGAGGGCCACGAGGCCGCCUAUGGUCAGACAACGAAUGCUGACAAGACUGCCAACUUGUUCGAGAUACAGGCAAUCUCUGGUCGUCACGUGUCACUAGAUAUCGCGUCGGUUUGCUUCUCUGCUUUCUCUAUUGUGUCAUUGUUUGGAUUCUUCUUUUUGGAGAAGAGAAAGACCAAGAUGUCACAGCAAAAAUGAAGGGAAGGUUGUUAUUAAGCCAUGGACUUGUAUGUGUUCACUGUGUUGUAAUGUUAUGUCAAGUGGCCUAGUUUUGUUUUAGUGUAAUCGUUUUUUAGGGUAAUCUUUUUUUUGUGUAGAAAUGUUAUGUCAACCUUCUUGUACUAGAAUUUGGAAUGGAUGGAACAAUCCUUGUUUGAUUGGAAA